UAACCCAAGCCUCACCUUUUUCUUCCUUCUUAUUCACGACCAAACUCACUGAAUACCCCCACAUUUGCUCACUUCUUCUCACCUCUCUUUCUUCUCUCUUUCUCUCUUUGUGUGUCGUGUCACACUCUUCCUUCACUUAGACACUUACAACUUCUUUUUUCUUCUUCUUCUGAUUUUCUGAUCUUCUUAAAUCUUAAUAAGUUAUACUGUACUACUACUACUACAGUACUACUACAUAGGAGCUAGUAGCUCAGAAAGUUUCAUUAAUGGCGCAUUCUUCUUUGCAAGUUUGCAUGGAUUCAUCUGACUGGCUUCAGGGUUCAAUGAUGUCGGAGGACAUAUCAAGAGGACUAGAGUCAUCCUCCUCACCUUCAGGAACAACAACAACAACAGAGUGUAUGUUAGCAGCAGCAUGUUCAUCAAGGGCUGGACCACCUUUAAUGGAAAGAAGGUUAAGACCACCACAUGAGCAAAACCUAAACUGUCCAAGGUGUGACUCAACUCAUACCAAGUUUUGCUACUACAACAACUAUAGCCUAUCUCAACCUAGGUACUUUUGCAAGACUUGUAGGAGGUAUUGGACUAAGGGUGGAACCCUAAGGAACAUCCCUGUUGGUGGUGGGUGUCGAAAGAACAAGAAAUCGAGCUCGAAAAAGUCCAAUGACCAACAAAAUCAACCCAUAUUGAACCAACAUGGGGGAGUCCUUGGAUCCUCCUCAGCUUGUUCUAACCCUAUCGAUCUCCACCUCUCGUUCCCUCAUCAUCAAGUUCAAUUCCCACACCACCUUGCCAAUCUAAUUGGCGCGCAAAUGAGCAGCCUAGGUGAGGGGAGUUUCAUGGAUCAUAACGGUGGUGGUGGUGGUGGUUUGAUUAGGCCUAUUGAUUUUAUGGAGAGUAAGUAUGAUAAUGAAGGUUUGGUGGGAGGAGGAAGUAGAGGGCAUGAUUUUAUGGGGAAUAAUGCUACUAAUGGAAGUCAUCAAUUUGGUCUUAUGGGUGAUAUUGGUGGUUAUAAUACUAAUCCCAAUACUAGUUUUGGUGGUAUUUAUUCUUCUAGUUUACCAUUUGAUGGGAAUAAUCCAGGUAUUAGCUUCAUGGAUCAAAGGUUGUUGCUCCCAUUUGAUGGGAUCAAUAGUAAUGAUCAUCAUCAUCAUCACCAUCAAAGUGGAGUGGAUGUAAAACCUAACCCUAAGCUUUUGUCCCUUGAAUGGCAACACCAAGGUUGUACUACUACUACAUCUGAUAAUGCUGCCAAGGACCCAUCAUAUGGGGGGUACAAUAUCAAUGGCACUACUCUUAAUUCUUGGAGUGGCUUAAUGGGUGGUUUUCAAUCCCCUACCACAAACUCCUUAGUCUAGGGUAUGCAUGUAUGUACACGUACAUACAUACUUACCCUAAUUAUAUUCCUUAAUCACGUUGAUGUUGGUGUUAUAUAAAAUGUAUCAAUCUUAGUACUUAACUUCUAUUAUUGAUCAGUGGCUAUCUAAAACUGCACUGAUCUACGAUAAAUAUAGCUAGCUAGCUAUUAAUUAUGACUUUUCACUUUGAUGUCAAGAGUAUAACCUUAUUGUGUUCUUAGAUUUAUAUCUUUAGGAUUUUUUUUAGGCAUGUAGAUCCAUCGGAUCCAUGUAUGUUUGUAGGAGAGGUGGGUCAUGCAUGUAUCCUAAUUUGAAUGGCAAGCAAACGUCAUGAGUGUGUGAAUGGGAGCUUGGAUAAGUCAAAAAGGGAGUACAAAAAUAGCAUGCUUGAGUAAUGAAGUAUUAUUAGUCCAUGUAAGUUGCUUUUAUUCAAUUUUUGUUGUUUUUGUUGGAAGACAAAUUGAGGUUGUUGGGAUUUUGUUGUCACACGAGGGAAGAUCAUAUACUAUAUGAUAGUGCUAUAUUCAUACUAAUAUUCAAGCAACAUGUUAUUGUUAUAUUUGUACUUUGACAUUC